AUGGAGACUAGAUCUGAGAGCAUCGGGUUGAGGUCGGAGAAGCUUGGUGGGUCGAGUCCAGUGAUCCCCAGGACACGGUUGCAGGUGUGGUUCAUAAGGGUUUGCUCCAGUAUUCUCGUAUGGACUUGCUUGGUUCAGUUGGUGGCGGUUGGGGAGCUCUGGCGCCCACGUUUCAUUACUAAUUUGACUACUAGGUUCUCUCACACCGCCGGCCCUCUACACGUCCAAGUUGCCGUCCGGCCACCGCCUCCUCUUCCUCCGCCCAGAAAUUAUACCAGUAAUGGUUUCCUUAAGGUGUCCUGCAAUGGAGGUUUGAAUCAAAUGCGCUCAGCGAUUUGUGACAUGGUGGCUGUUGCUCGGCUAUUGAACCUUACUUUGGUUGUUCCAGAGCUUGAUAAAACAUCUUUUUGGGCUGACCCCAGUGAUUUUGAAGACAUCUUUGACGUGAGACAUUUCAUCGACUCACUGAGGGACGAAAUUCGAAUUGUUAGAAGACUUCCAAAGAGGAUUAGUAAGAAGUAUAGACAUAGAGUAUUGGAGAUGCCACCUGUUAGCUGGUCAAAUGAAAAAUACUACAUACAGCAGAUUUUGCCACUUUUCAACAAGUCAAAGGUGUUGCACUUUAAUCGGACAGAUGCACGCUUGGCUAACAACAUGAUUCCACUUGAACUUCAGAAGCUCCGGUGCCGUGUUAAUUUCCAGGCACUAAAAUUCACUCCUCAAAUUGAGAGUUUGGGCCACAAAUUGGUACAGAUUAUUCAUGAAAGGGGACCUUAUAUGGCUUUGCAUCUAAGAUAUGAGAUGGACAUGUUGGCUUUCUCUGGUUGCACUCAUGGCUGUACACAGGAAGAAGCUGAAGAACUCAAACGGCUAAGGUAUGCAUACCCUUGGUGGAGAGAAAAAGAGAUAAACUCUGAGGAGAGAAGAUCCCAAGGUUUAUGCCCUCUAACUCCAGAAGAAGCAGCAUUAGUUUUACAAGCAUUAGGGGUUGACAAGGAAACUCAGAUAUAUGUAGCAGCUGGUGAAAUAUAUGGCAGUGAACGUAGGCUUGCAGCACUAAGAGCUGCUUUCCCUCGUAUUGUGAGAAAGGAAACAUUAUUGGAUCCAUUGGAGCUGCAGCAGUUCCAGAAUCAUUCAUCUCAAAUGGCUGCCCUGGAUUUUAUGGUCUCAGUAGCUAGCAAUACUUUCGUUCCUACGUAUGACGGAAACAUGGCAAAAGUUGUCGAAGGACAUCGCAGGUAUCUUGGAUUCAGAAAGACAAUUCUGCUUGACCGGAGAAAACUCGUACAGCUACUGAAUUUGCACCAGAAUGGUACACUUCCAUGGAAUGAAUUUACAGUCGCUGUCAGGGAAGCACACGAGAAAAGAAUGGGGCAGCCAAUUCGCCGCAGGGUCAUCCCAGACAAGCCAAAGGAGGAGGAUUACUUCUACUCAAACCCUGUAGAGUGUCUUUGUGAGGGAACAACAAAUUGUGAUGACCUACUUGGCAGUGGUAAAUCCAACUCCAGUUCCGUCCCUUGA